AUGUUCGUAACCGUUCGCAAUGGCCCUGACGACGCGCCACAGCCGAUGGCAGUUCCACUCUCUCACUUCUCUGCACCACCAGGCAUGGCAGUCGCACAACACGGCCCCGCACGUCGCGUCGUUGUCGCACAGCCUCCCUUCGCCACGCAAGCCGCGUAUGCAAACCCUAACGACACGAUGAAAACUCUUGACGAACGGUUUCGCGCUCUAUCCGCCCAGCGCAGUCAAAGCGUCCGUCGUGCGGAGGCAAAAGCGCGCCAAGCCGAAGCACGGCAAUCGGCUCUAGCUGCGCAGCGGAAAGUAUCUUCUGCCGCCGCUCCUUCCGCUCCCCCGUCCGCUUCCGCGCGUGCAGGCGGAAAGCAAACAGGGGGAGGCGGGAGCACCCGCCCCAGCAGCACUGCAGCGAACGGGUCUAAAUCGAGGAGCAAACCCGCAGCUGCCACGUCAUCGGCGAAAAAGCCCGCCGCGGCCGCAGCGGUACCAGCAACCCCGCCCAUACAGUCGCGUCUCACCUUUCCCGGCGGGGCUGGCGCCGUGAAGGGGAAGGCAGGAGCUGCGGGGGGUGCAACUGGUGCAGGCUCGUUGCGGGGAGGGGGAGGGGUGCGCGCGGGCGGGGAGCAGCGGGAGUUGGCAGGGGGGGAAUUGUUUGCGGGAAGGCGUGGGGGUGCGGUUGUUGCGGCGGCGGGUGUGAGGACGCGCGCUACUGCUGCGAGGACUGCGUUUGGGGCGACCAUGUUCGGAUUGGGACCUAGAGGAGGACGCCUCCUGAGCAUGUCGACCGACGCUGCUGCCGCGAAGCCGGACGAGGUGACCGUUGGGACCACGGCCGGAGACGAGAGCGCGCCGCUGAAGAAAUCGCGGAAGAUUCUCGUAGCGGUGGACCCGAGCGACGAGAGCUCGUACGCGUUAAAGUGGGCUCUCGAGAAUGUGAUACAAGCGGAGGACAAGGUUCACCUGCUACACGCGCAGCCGUACCCGAAAGUUUACGCAGGACCCGCGGGUCCAGGCUUGGUUCCUCGUGUGUUUCAAACCUGGCAGUCUCUAGAAGACGGCACGCCCGUUGUGCACGCCCGUUGUGCACGGUUCUGCGUGCCGUCGGAGGUGGUGGAGACGAUGAAGAAGCAAUAUUCGAGGUUCUACGUGCCGCCGGAGGUGGUGGAGACGAUGAAGAAGCAGGAGGAGGCCGUCAGUCGCCAGGUGCUGCGCGCUGCCAAGGCCAUGUGCGAGCAGUUCAAGGUAUCAGCCGAGGCGGACGUGAUAGAGGGCGAGCCCAGGGAGUCCAUCUGUGAUUGCCGUGGAGCAGCUGGGCGUGCAGCUGCUUGGGCGUUCCUGGGCAGUGUGAGCGACUACUGUGUGGACACUGCUGCUUGCCCCAACCUCCCUUUCCCCCUUCCCUUCCCCCCCCCUUCUCCUCUUCCCCCCCUCCCCCCCCAUACCAGGGCGUUCCUGGUGCAGU